CCUCCGCUCCCAUCUAUUCUCCCCCCUCCCCUGAAACCCCAGCUUUGCAUGGGCAGGCGCUUCCCAGCCGCCGCCCUAGCCGCUGCUGUCCGACCCUUCGCCCGCUCCUCCCCCGCCGCUAGCAAGGCAGCGAAGCCCACGACCGCUCCGCUGGAUACUCCCAGGAACGCCGGUUCCGGCGCCGCCGCCGGGGCUAGCUCUGGACGGGCCGAGGUGCGGGAUGUGGCGGCGGCAUGCGGGAUGCAGGAGGACGACCGGGUGCCGCUCGCGGAGGUGGUUUUGGACUGCACGAAGCGGUGGUUCCAGGACACGCUCAAGGAGGCGCGCGCCGGAGACGCCGCCAUGCAGGUCCUCGUCGGCCAGAUGUACCGCAGCGGCUACGGCGUCAACAAGAACGAGCACAAGUCUAGAAUUUGGAUGGAGAAAGCAUCAAGAUAUCGGUCUACAGUCUGGAAAGUUUGCAAUAAACGCCCAGGAUACAAUGCCAGUGAUUCCGAUUCAGAUGAUGUUAAGGAAACAGCCAAAUAAUGGAUAUUUCCGAGUUAUGGGAUUGUUGGCAGGGGCCUGCAGUGACUACAAAGCCAGCAAGUGGGCACAAACCAUUCAAAUAUGCAGCUGUAUCAGGAAAUAUUAUCUGGGGCCCCAUUUGU